AUGUUUGGAAGCAACCGAAGUUCUUCGUGGGCCACUACACCAAGAUGUCCUUCUCCGCCACAGCAUCCUGAGGUCCUGCGUGAGCGAUCUAUCACCGACCGAAAACCUUAUACACAGUUAGACGAACAAACAUACAGAGCCGAGGCUUCUUUGCGAUACCCACCUGACGGCUAUUCGGUCUUGCCAAAAAAAAGGGUUAGGGUAGGGAGCCAGCGAAAAAUGAUCGGUGGUGGGGAUAAUCGAGAUUGGGCACCAGAUAUUCAGAACAGCCGUAACAAGUUCAAGGCCGACCAGGAUGCCUACAAACAGUAUCAUCCUCAAUACCAAGCGACCAUCCAAACACUCAAGAUCUCUGAAGCUGAAAGAGGAGUAACAGCAAUGUAA